AUGGUGCUUCAUCUUCUCGGUGUUAAUUUGCCUGAAAAUAAAAUUGUUAGGGUAGCAUUAACUUAUUUUUACGGCAUAGGUCAUAAAACGGCCCAACGAAUUUGUAGUAAAUUUUCAAUUCAUAAAACGUGCAAACUUCAUGAAUUGUCAGAAUCGCAAAUUCAACAAAUUUCUAUGGAAUUAUCCAAUAUGAAAAUAGAAACUGACUUAAAGAGAGAAGUAAUAAAUAAUAUCAUGCAUCAUAGAUCAAUCGGUACUUACAAAGGGAAAAGACAUGCUAUGGGUUAUCCUGUUAGAGGUCAACGUACAAAGACAAACGCUAGAACUGCCAGAAUAUUAAAUGGAAGAUGGAUAAGAAAAGAGGGGUUCGGUACCCUUGCCAAUUCAUCAAAUAAUAUGCCAUCUUCAAACCCUACUUUUAAAAUCCUACCUUUUUUUAUUCAAUUUAAACCUUUUGAUCGAUUAUUGCCACACUGA